GUUUAAUAGUUAAGUGCAUCGCAAUGAAUACAAUUCUAACCCUACUUUUACUGGUGACUUUGUCGCAUUUUGCUUAUUCCGCCUCGGUGGGUAAGCCCGGUUGUGGUGGUAGUAGUUCGUCUAAAAGAAUUCAACUAACCAAUCCUAAAAAUCCUCCUCGAGAGUGUAACUACAAGAUCAAUGCCUACAGCAGUAAUGUGUGUCAAUUGCGCAUUGAGUUUGGCUACACCUUGGCGCCUCCUUCACUGCCUGGACCGGAUAAUGAUUUAAAAUAUGUUCAAUGUGAUAAGGAUUAUUUCCAGGCUGGAAAUUUGAAAUUAUGUGGCACUGAAACGUCACAACAUAUUUACCUGCCCUUCAAUCGUACGGCUGGUGUUACUAGUGUAAACCUAAUGGUGGCUUUGGCUAAUCGUGUGGGUUAUCACAAUCUGCCCACUCCUAAAUGGAAUAUAUUUGUUACACAACUGGAGUGUCCGGUGGGAGCUGCUAUACGUAGUGUUGAGCCAAUACAACCUGCUUUGGGUAGCUCCACCAUUAAAGAUGGUUUCUUUGUGUCUCCUCCCGGUUGUUUACAAUACUUCCCCUAUGCCGAAGGUUCAGUUACCUCUUUCAAUUUCGAUCAGGGUAAAGGUAUUUAUCCUGGUAAUCUAAAUUAUGCUAUAUGCUUCCGCCGUACUGAGGAUACAAGGAGUUUAGUUUUGAACCCCAAGUUUUUCCUUUUGGGUGCAGCGUCAAAAGAAAAUUCUACUGAUGAAUAUUGUCACAGGAAUCCCACAAAUAACGCCAUUAGCUCGGAUUAUUUAAUGAUACCUCAGGCGAAAAUUAAAGUUACGGGUAAAAGAGCCACCUAUUUCUGUGGCGACAGCAUUCAGGGCACUGAAGUUGUUAGCACCAAUCCCGGACCUUUAAUGCUUUUAUUCAAUAGUGAUGGUUUAUAUACAAAGGAAUCGGGUUUUUCUUUCAAUUAUAAUGUGACCAUGAAAUAAUUUUAAUUUAAUUUUAAUUAUUUAAUUUUUAAUAAAAACAAAUA